AUGGAGCAGGUUACCGAAAAGGUCACCGAGACCCUCAAGAAGGUCGCCAUUGGCGGCGACAAGCCCCAGAAGGAGAAGAAGCAGAAGAAGGAGAAGGCUGCCCCCGCCGCUGGCGGCGAUGCCGGCCCUCUUGAGAUGAACCCUCCUCCUGCCUUCAUCCAGGAGCGUCUCGACCUCUUCGACAGACUCUACAAGGAGCAGCAGGAGGAGCUGGCCAAGCGCCCCCACGAUGACAUCCUUAUCACCAUGCCCGACGGCAGCACCAAGGCCGGCAAGGCCUACGAGACCACCCCCGCCGAGAUUGCCAAGAGCAUUUCCAACUCCCUCUUCAAGCGCACCGUUGUCGCCAGGAUCGACGGAGAGACACUAUGGGAUCUCGAGCGCCCUCUCGAGAAGAGCUGCAAGCUCGAACUCCUCGACUUCAACGAUGACCAGGGCAAGUUCGUCUUCUGGCACUCGAGUGCCCACGUCCUCGGUGAGGCCUGCGAGCGCAGGUUCGGCUGCUCUCUCUGCAUUGGUCCCCCCGUCGACAACGGCUUCUACUACGAAAUGGCUCUUCCCGGCGGUGCCGCCGUUCAGUCUAGCGAUUGGGCGCCCCUCGAGAACAUUGUCACCAAGAUCGUCAAGGAGAAGCAGCCUUUCCAGAGACUGGAGAUGAGCAAGGAGGAUCUGCUCAAGAUGUUCGCCUACAACCCAUACAAGCAGCACAUCAUCAAGGACAAGAUCCCCGACGGCACCAGAACCACCGUCUACCGUAACGGCCCCCUUAUCGAUCUCUGCCGCGGUCCUCACGUCCCCGACACCAGCAGAAUCGAGGCUUUCGCCAUCAUGAAGAACUCUUCUUCCUACUUCCUUGGCGACGCCAACAACGACUCUCUCCAGCGUAUCUAUGGUGUCUCUUUCCCCGAUAAGAAGCAGAUGGCCGCUCACAAGAAGUUCCUUGAGGAGGCUGCCAAGCGUGAUCACCGCCUCAUUGGCAAGCAGCAGGAGCUCUUCUACUUCGAGGAGUGCUCUCCCGGUUCCGCCAUGUGGUUGCCCCACGGUAUGCGCAUCAACAACGCCAUUAUGGAAUACAUCAAGGAGGAGUACUGGAAGCGCGGUUACGACGAGGUCAUGACCCCCAACAUGUUCAACACCUCCCUUUGGGAGCAGUCCGGCCACUUGGCCCACUACAAGGAUGACAUGUUCAUCCUCGACGUUGACAAGGAGCAGUUCGGUCUCAAGCCCAUGAACUGCCCUGCCCACGCCAUGAUGUUCCGUCACCGUGACCGCAGCCACAAGGAGCUCCCCCUCAGGCUCGCUGAUUUCGGUGUCCUCCACAGAAACGAGGCCAGUGGUGCUCUCUCCGGCCUCACCCGUGUGCGCAGAUUCCAGCAGGACGACGCCCAUAUCUUCUGCCGUGAGGAUCAGAUCAAGGCCGAGGUCGCCGAUCUCUUCGACUUCAUGAAGUCCUUCUACGGCAUGCUCGGCCUCACCUUCAAGCUGAAGCUCUCUACUCGCCCUGAGAAGUACAUGGGUGAGAUCGAGACCUGGGACCGCGCCGAGGCUCGCCUCAAGGAGGCGCUCAACGAGUUCACCGCUUCUACUGGUGGCACCUGGGAGCUGAACGAGGGCGAUGGUGCUUUCUACGGCCCCAAGAUCGACAUUGCUGUUUUGGACUGCCUCAACCGCCCCUGGCAGUGCGCCACCAUUCAGCUCGACUUCCAACAGCCUAUCAACUUCUCUCUCGAGUACAUGACCGCUGAGACCCAGGCCAAGCAGGAUGAGAGCAAGCUCGCCCCCAAAGCUCCCGAGCCUGAGGCUCCUAAGGAGGAGGAGGCCCCCAAAGAGGGUGAGGACAAGAAGAAGAAGCCUCUUCUUGUUAAGAAGCCCCUUGCCCCCGGAUGCGCCCGUCCCGUCAUGAUUCACCGUGCCAUGGCUGGUUCCAUCGAGCGCUUCACUGCCAUUCUUGCCGAGCACUUUGCUGGCAAGUGGCCCUUCUGGAUGUCGCCCCGCCAGGUUAUGGUCAUCCCCGUCGGCAUGGGCUUCCUUGAUUACGCCAAGGAGGUUGCUUUGACCCUCAAGAAGGAGAAGAUCCACGUCGAUGUCGACAGCUCUGGCAACACUCUCCAGAAGAAGAUUCGUUCCGCUCAGCUCGCUCAAUACAACUUCAUCUUCGUCGUCGGCGACGACGAGAAGACCAACCGCAAGGUCAACAUCCGUUACCGUGACGACACCUCCACCCAGGCCCGUGACGUGCCCUACCCUCUCUCGGAGGCCGUCGACAAGCUUCGCGCGCUCAAGGCCGAUCGCGGCAUGUACAACCCUUUCCCCGCCCACAACCCCAAGAAGGAGGAGGAGAAGAAGGCGGAGGCUGCGGCUGAGGAGGUCAAGGCUUAA